UUCAGGGGAACAGUGGAGGUCUCGCUAUCACUAUCAGCACGCUCGUCACACCAGUUGGAGGACUCGACGGGGUUUUUUGUACAUCGUCUGUUCACGUGGAGUUGAGAUCGUGCCGUGGAGACAUGAGGCUGCCUCAAAAGUUCUUCCUGUUACUUCUGCUCGUGACGGUGGUCACACUGCUGGGAUCCGCCGAUGCCGCCCGCGGGAACCGACGCAACAAGAGCAGCUGCAAGUACAAGCGGAAGGGCGUGGACGGCGCGUGUGAUGUGGCCACCAACAAGAAGCAGGUGACCUUUGCCCUCAAGGCGCGCAAGAGCAGCCCCAAGUGUGAGCCCACCAAGGUGGUCUCUCUGGACUGUGACGACUUCAGCGCCAGCAAGAAGCAGAAGGGGAGGAAGAUGGCCAUGAAGAAACGGUGUGUGUACGACAAGCAGCCCUGGUCUGAGUGUAACGUGGAGAGCAACACGCGACAGAGAGAGAUGGUUCUGGUGCAAGGGGAGGCUACACAGUGCUUGCCCAAGAAGAUUGUCACCAAGAAGUGCAGGAAAGAGUGCCGGUACAUCAAGGGCGAAUGGAGCCCCUGUGACCCCAACACAAACCUGAAGCACCGCUCACUCACGCCCAAACCAGGCAGUCUCCAACAGUGCCAGUCGACCGUGCAGGCGAGGCCUUGUCGUCGACGCGCGGAACUCACAGCGCCAAAGUCCAACAAAUGCAAAUACAGCUUGAGUGAGUGGAGCCCGUGCGACCUCCGAACGAACACGAUGACACAGAUGAUGACACUCAAGAGUGGUGACCCCAAUGUAUGCAUGCGCUGGAAGAAACUCACACGGAAAUGCAAAAUUGCUUGCAAAUUCAGGCGUGGUGAGUGGUCUGACUGUGACGACAAGACGGAGCUGACCACACGAGUGGACACGCUGGUCAAAGGAAACGCCCGAGAAUGUGCACCGACCAGGGAGAUCACAAAGAAGUGCAAGAAAGCGUGCAAGUAUACGUUUGGUGACUGGGGGGAGUGUGAUCCCAAGACAAACGCCCGGACCAGGGUGAAGAAACUCAUCAAGGGAGACGCAGACAAGUGUAAGGCUGAGGAACUAGUCAGCAAACCAUGCACCAAGAGGGAUGGAGGAGAGAGAUGUUUCUUUGGGUCGUGGGGAGACUUUGGACCAUGCAAUAACGGCGUGACCACCAAGCAUCGGCCCUUGCUGCAGGGCGGCGUAGAGUGCGAGAGGAAAGCCGUGAUCACCAAAGCUUGUGAGAGGAGUGAGAGCUAGUGUGUGCGUCCGUGGAGCGAAGACCACCACCGUGAUGGGGUGCUGAGUUGUCACAGCUGUGCGUUGUUGUUUUUUUAAUUCAUUAAUCUCGGAGUUGUUCCUCGUCCUAACUCUUUCUGGAUGUAAUUUUUAUGGGGUUAUGUUUACAAAUGAGAGGCUCCAAAGCUAUGCUGUCGGUGAUAGGUCCUAAAAGAGUCAAGAGUUUGCACAUACUGAAAGGCAACUAUGUACAGGGGAUACCGAAACUGAAAGUUUUUUUAUCUGUGCAUAAAUUCAACGUGAGCUUUGGACUGCACUCUUUUCUUCUCUCUAUAGAAUUUGCUGCAACUGUUCAUUUUCAAAACUUGUCUCGAUGGAACUGCGGUUUUAUUAUUUUUUAGAUCAAACAUAUUUAUAGCAAGAGUGGUGAAUACAUAAAACUUACUCUGAAAGAGCUAGAAAAAAAUAGAACAACUAUUUCCAUUCACAAAACUUGCCUUAUCAUCUUAUUGGUUUAUCAGUUAUGAGACAUAUUCAUUCAUAUACUUAGAGUGUCUGUAGAAAUCAAAACUACAAUAUCCUCCAGUGUGUGUUUUUUAAUGAGAAAAAGGAGAGGAAACUUUAAAAAUUAAAAAUUCACCUUAUCUCACUUACAGCCUUUAUGUGUGUCAGAAUGAGAGAAUGAUGUGUUGUAGAGAGAGAGAGAAAGAGAGAGUGAGAAAGAGAGAGGGGGGGAGAGAAAGAGAGAGAGAAAGAGAGAUGGUAUUGAAUUGUUUCCUGCUUUUGCCUGCAGGUCUGAAUUGAAGCAAAGUACGUUUGGAGUUCUUCUAGAUUCACAUUUGGAGCACUUCUUAAUUCUCCACAAUUUUUGUUUUUGUAACAGUGUCUUGUGUCAUUUUUGUCUUUUUUCCUUCUUUCAAUCUCACUCAUAAUGGCAUUAGGAAUACAUUUUUGUUUAAAUACAUAAGAUUUAAUAAGCAAAAUGAAUAGAUUUUUUGGGAACCCUCUUUUUAAUAAACAAAUACGCUUGGGAGUGUAUAUCAAAGCAAUUUCUUAUGUCUGUGUUAUCAGAUAUCAAGUGGGAUCCAUCUGGAAACAUUUUUGUUACUGUAGAUUCAAAGUGUCUGAUUCUGUUGCUUUCUUUCUACACGUUUCAGAAAAAUGAAGAAUGCAGAAACUGUUGUGGUAUUUUUCUUCUGUUCUUCUUGUUCAAUUCUUGUGGUGUAAAGCAGUUUAUAUAUCUUAAUAAUAUGACAGAUCCAGUUUGCAUUAGAAAACAUUUCAAGCUAUGUUUGACCUGACUGGCUAUCUGUCCCUACCUUGCUGUAGCCAAAGUCUACCAAUGAAGAAAAAAA